AAUAAAGGAUAGCAAAGCUGAGUAGUCUGGAGGGAAGCCUGUGAAAGGUUAAUCCACGGAAGCUUGGAUUUAUGAAUUCGACUGGGCUCGGUGAGAACGAAUGAGCCGUCGACCAACCGAGUAGCAUUAGGAAAAAUCGGAGCAGUGUAGAUAAACGUACCUUCUCGUUUCGAAGGAGUCAGUAGUUCGGUCUGAUCAAGAUGGACAGGUCACCGACGUCGGACAUAGUUAUCAUCUCUGGUAACUCUCACAUGGAAUUGGCGAGGUUAAUAGCAGAUCGCCUCGGAGUGAAGACCGGAGGAUGCGCGGUCUACCACAAAUCGAAUAGGGAAACCAUGGUCGAGAUUAGCGAUUCGGUGCGUGGAAAGGACAUCUACAUUAUACAAACCGGCGCGAAGGAUGUUAACAAUAAUAUUAUGGAGCUGCUCAUCAUGGCUUAUGCCUGUAAAACUUCUUCGGCUAAGAAUAUCGUCGGUGUUAUACCUUACUUGCCUUACUCGAAGCAGUGCAAGAUGCGUAAGCGAGGCUGCAUCGUAUCGAAGUUGCUUGCAAAGAUGAUGUGCAAAAGUGGCCUGACGCACAUCAUUACCAUGGAUUUGCACCAAAAAGAAAUUCAAGGGUUUUUCGAUUGUCCUGUGGACAAUUUACGAGCUAGCCCAUUUUUAUUACAGUAUAUCCAAGAAAGUAUUCCAGACUACCGUAACUCAGUGAUAGUGGCCCGAAAUCCUGGCAGUGCGAAGAAAGCAACCAGCUAUGCCGAAAGGUUACGACUUGGAAUUGCUGUGAUUCACGGAGAACAACGAGAAGCAGAAUCUGACAUGAACGAUGGUCGUUAUUCACCACCAGCGUUAGCACCUUCGCGGACUAUGGAAGUUGGAGUCGGGGUACCGGUACAUCCUGCCAAAGAGAAACCACCUAUAAAUGUCGUCGGAGAUGUUGGCGGUCGUAUUGCCAUAAUGGUGGAUGACAUGGUGGACGACGUUGAAACCUACGUAGCUGCAGCGGAGGUACUAAAAGAAAGAGGCGCUUGUAAAGUAUACAUACUGGCGACACACGGUUUGCUCAGCUCCGAUGCACCUAGAUUCAUAGAAGAAUCACAGAUCGACGAGGUAGUGGUUACCAACACGAUUCCUCACGAAUUGCAAAAGAUGCAGUGUCCAAAAAUCAAGACGGUGGACAUCAGCAUUUUGCUGGCAGAAGCUAUUAGACGCAUUCACAAUAAAGAGUCGAUGUCCUACUUGUUUAAAAACGUCACUCUUGAGGACUGAAGAGUCUUUGGGCUGCACUUCAAGGAAUCAUCCCAAAGCUUCGAAAGGUCAACAGCUUUAUGGUGUACAAAAGUACUGUGUGGGGGGAAAUUGGAAUAAGGAAAGGAAUUCUUACUUGUACCGUUCCAUGCUGGGGACCACUCCAAGGACACAUAUCUAUUCCUUGAUUUUCUACAUGAUAUUUUUAUAUUUUUCAGAGGACAAAUCAACGUGAAACCGCCGUAGCCUUAAGUUUCAACCCUUGACCGGUGAUUGAACACCUUGGCCGGUGUGUUACCUAUCUCGAAAAUACAUUUUACUCGCGGAUCAGAGUGAUUACUCGUUUCGUUACGUCAAUUUACACAUGACAUCACAGCUGGUCAUUGUUAGUUCCUCAGAUAAAUGGUUCAAAUAAACACUUCUUUUAAAAAAAAAAAAAAAGAGUGAAAAAUAUCAAUUUUUACUAAGUACAUUAAUGCAAGGCGGUACGAGUAGUCAGGUGCUGACAUUCGAGCCUUGUCAAUUUUCCAUGACUAUUCAAUCACAGAUCAAGCUCUCCUUUAACUCGUAACGUCGCAAAAUAUUGCCCAACCAAGGUAACGAAAGGAGUAACCGUUUCAGACUCUGUUUUUGCCGACCCAUCCAAAGGUGGUCCAUUUGCGUUAUUCCAAAGCAAUUGUGCACCUCGCACCGAAAAUUCCCAGCGUAAUUAUCAUAGAGGUAAAUCCAUGUUAUCGCUGUUUCUAGACGCUACCAUGUAAAAGAGAGUAGAUUGUUAUCGCGAGCAGAGUCGCGGAGUAUUGGUCCCGGAAUAAUCUCGGCGAUACGAUAGAUUUCAGGUAUUAUAUUUAACUGUUUACCUGUAUUUUAGCUCGCGAGUCUCAAUAAAUGCAUUUCGAGAAACCCA